UCAGCCCCGCGCAGAAGACACUUGACUGUGGAAGAGCAAAGACUUCCCACGACACUUGCCAGCUCCCCUGUCAUCGAUCGUAUUCGCGGCUCUUCUGACAUCGGCUUUAACGCCUUUUUUGCUGGCUUUAUGGUGCUCAUAGCAAAUCGCACUGUGAUCCUGAUAUUAAAGAAAUAUAAGCUACAAAAGACAAAAUGUGUACAACCUGAGACCGUAAACGCAAACGGUUGAUUAUCAAUGUGGCAUUUCCAUUGUACCUGCCGAAGACCGGAAUUCGAGUAAAUGUGUGGAUGCGUAGCAUUUGAUUCUGACCGCAGGUGAGAUUAUGCUUUUGCAAGGUUAAUAUCAUUCUGGGGAUGGUUAUUAAUGACUUAUAGAUCUCCUAUACGUCCGCUCCGUGAUGUCUGUGUCGGUUGGUAGCUGUGACUCGGACUGGGAGAUGGUGAGUUGGGGAUGCCGUCGCUGUAAACUUCAGUGAGGUGCUGACAUCCACGUCUGACGUGUAACACCCCCAACAUGAAUAACUGGACAGAUCAUCCAAACUGCUCGUGUAACUGCAGCCUAAAGGACAUAGACUUAUGGGAAAAUGGGACGGACUGGCAUAGCGAAUACCCCGUGAACCUGUUCCCUGUUCCUAUCUUGACUGGAAUAACCAUCACCUGCGCGCUGCUCUUCGUAAUAGGAGUCGUGGGGAACGUGAUGACUAUUUUAGUGGUCGGUAAGUAUAAGGACAUGCGGACGACCACCAACCUGUACCUGUCCAGCAUGGCUUUCUCGGACUUGCUGAUCUUCCUGUGUAUGCCCCUGGACCUUUACCGGAUCUGGCGGUACCGGCCGUGGAAUUUCGGCGAGCAGCUCUGCAAACUCUUCCAGUUCGUAAGCGAGAGCUGCACCUACUCCACCAUACUGAACAUUACGGCGCUGAGCGUGGAACGUUACUUCGCCAUCUGCUUCCCCCUCAGGGCCAAGGUGGUGGUGACUAAGGGUCGGGUGAGGGCCGUCAUCUUUGUCCUGUGGGUGGUAGCCUUUUUCAGCGCGGGUCCCGUAUUCGUGCUGGUCGGGGUUGAGCAUGAGAACGGAACCGACCCCUGGGAGACUAACGAGUGCAAGGCGACGGAGUACGCCAUUCGCUCGGGACUGCUGACCGUCAUGGUGUGGGUCUCAAGUGUCUUUUUCUUCCUGCCCGUCUUGUGCUUGACGAUCCUCUAUAGUCUUGUCGGGAGACGCCUGUGGAGGAGAAAGCGGGAGUCCAUGGGGCCCAAUAUCUCAAGUCGAGACAAGAAUAAUAAGCAAACUGUAAAAAUGCUGGUGGUCGUGGUGCUCGCCUUCGUCCUCUGCUGGCUGCCCUUCCACGUGGGACGCUAUCUGUUCUCCAAGUCCUCCGAGGCGGGCUCGCCCCUCAUGUCGCAGAUCAGCGAGUACUGCAACCUGGUCUCCUUCGUGCUGUUUUACCUCAGCGCUGCCAUCAACCCCAUCCUCUACAACAUCAUGUCCAAGAAGUACCGGGUGGCCGUCUGCAAGCUUUUCAGGCUGAAGCGGACGCCGCGGAGGCUGGUGUCUACAAUGAAAGGGGACAGCUCCGCUGGCUGGACAGAGUCCAGUGUGAGCACUUAGCAAAUCUCGAGCUCCGUGGGAAAUGGCCACCCCGACAUGUAGCCAGCUUUGAAGCAUGGAGAAGCUGAGAGCAGACAGUUCUCUCCGCUUUCGGGCGACUGUAAGAAGCUUGCUUAUGGACCGAGACCCGAAACGGCCUGAUGCUUCUAACGUGCCUGAAAUCGCCUGAAGCCAAAUACCUACGGAGGCAAAAUCUUAAACCAAAUAAAGCUAUCUAAUUUUCUUUAAUCCGCAUACUGCUGUCGUCAAGCAAUGCGUUUUUGUAACUAAAAUCAGAUUAUGCUCGAUAUAUUUAUCUAUCAACACCAUCAGUAACUACCUAUCCAUAAUAAUGUGCCCUUACUUACAUCACCAGAGUAUUCAUUUACCAUUUUUAAGCAUCUACAAUGCAUCAAACAUGGAUGCCUUAAAAUGAUUUUGAGAACUGGAUGACAAAGUUAGCACUGUAGACAUUGUUGCCGUAUUUCUGUGCCGGCGGGGAUCCGCGUUACUAGUGCUGGCGCUCAGUAAACAGUCAGCAAAGUGCACUUAACCCAGUGUAAAAACAGUGCGCGACUUUGAAUGCAAAAAUCUGCGUGCUUGGAUGCGCAGGAUUAAUUCAAUUAAUGAUGAACGAAUCCGCUGUUUCCCCAGUUGCGCUUUAUUUGUUAUUCUCAACUGGGGUAUUACGUGUCUUGCAUUUUGUUAAAAAGUGCGUUGCCUGUUGUAAAGGCAUCGGCGUAGUAAUGUUUGAAUUUAUAUUUAUAAGUAACACUACCCACGGCGUUUUGGGAGACUGGAUUCAAACCACGUACAUCUCAAGACAUUUGCAAAGGUUUGUGGCGUUCAGUUUAUUUGAUAGAUGAUUUUUGUAAAAUAGCCAAAAACGAUCAUAAAAACUCUGUACUUGACAUGCGCACAAACGUAAAUGAACCAAACUGAUGUAUGUUUGCGGAGGUGGACAGUUCACGUCCAGAAAGUAAAAAUCCAGACGAAGAUUUUGUUUGAACCAACCAGUUGAUUACUCUGUGAGUGUGACGCAGCUAGUUGGUUGAAACAAAAUUUUAGUUUGGAUUUUAAUUUUCCGGACCGGAAAUGCCCGCCUCUGUAUGUUUGUAUAUAUUGUCGUCUGGUGGUCUAUAUUCUGUGCAUAAAAAAUAAUGUUUGUGUUGAUAUUUUGUAAUAGAGCGAGCACCUCCAUAAAAAACUACGUGAAGUGU